AUGGUUAGGGAUGCUUUUGUGAUGCACCCGGAGGCUCAGUCUGAACCAAAUGAGGAUGCUAAGCGCUUCUAUGAACAAUUACAGGAAGCAAGUCAUCCAUUGUAUGAAGGCUCAAUGCAUUCUAAGUUGUCUGUCGCAGUUAGAUUAUUAAGUAUUAAAUCGGAUUCAAGUAUUUCUCAAGCGGGAAUAGACUCUAUCAUUUGCCUUAUGAAUGAACUUAAUCCGAAUAAAAUUGACCUACCCAAAGAUUUCUACACAGCAAAGAAAUUGGUUUCUAAGUUAGGACUUUCAUCAGAGAGGAUUGACUGUUGUGAGAAAGGUUGCAUGUUAUUCUAUAAGGAUGAUGCAGCCUUAGAAAAUUGCAAAUUUUGUAACCAACCUCGUUACAAAAAAGUCAUAAAUUCAAAAAGCAAGAAGGUUCCAGUUAAGGCGAUGCAUUACUUACCCCUUAUACCUAGGCUAAAGAGGUUGUAUGCAUCAAUGAGCUCUGCUCCUCAUAUGAAACGGCACUAUGAAAAUAGAAGGCCACCUGGUAUUCUGUGUCAUCCGUCAGAUGGAGAAGCAUGGAAGCAUUUUGAUAGGGUGUUUCCGGAUUUUGCUAGUGAACCAAGAAACAUUAGGUUGGGUUUAUGUGCAGACGGAUUCACUCCCUUUUCCGUCUCUGCUGCACCAUAUUCAUGUUGGCCAGUUUUUGUUACGCCGUAUAAUCUUCCUCCUGAGCUGUGUAUGACAAGUCCAUAUUUGUUCCUAACUUGCAUUGUUCCAGGUCCGCGCAAUCCGAAAAGUUUGAUUGAUGUAUACAUGCAACCUUUAAUUGACGAGUUAAAGUUAUUGUGGCAUGAAGGUGUGGAAACAUAUGAUAUAUCAACUAAACAAAACUUCAGAUUGCGUGCUGCUUUGAUGUGGACUAUAAAUGAUUUUCCUGCUUAUGGAAUGUUGUCCGGGUGGUCGACUGUAGGAAAGUUAGCUUGCCCAACUUGUAUGGAAGACACAAAAGCAUUCACGUUGAAACAUGGAGGAAAGAAUACAUGGUUUGACUGCCACCGUCGAUUCUUGCCUAUAGAUCACGAGUUUAGGAGAAAUACUAGUGCAUUUAUGAAGAACCAAACUGAUUUUGAGGAGCCACCGUCACCAUUGUCGCCAGAAGAAAUUUGGAACAGAGUUAGGUUUCUACCAAAGGUAACAGAGUCUCCAAUGUCUAAUAAGAUACCUGGUUAUGGUGUUACGCACAAUUGGACUAAACAGAGCAUAUUUUGGGAGUUACCUUAUUGGAAGCAUAAUCUUCUUCGGCAUAAUUUGGAUGUCAUGCAUAUCGAGAAAAACUUUUUUGACAACUUGUUUAAUACAAUAAUGGAUGUCAAUAACAAGACAAAAGAUAACUUGAAGGCUAGGAUGGACUUAAAGGAAUAUUGUAGGCGAAGUGAGUUAUACCUGACAUACUUGAACAACAAGAUUCAGAAGCCCAAGGCCAGUUACACAUUCACUUUGGAUGAGAGAAGAGAGAUUUGUGAUUGGGUUAAGAAUUUGAGGAUGCCUGAUGGAUAUGCGUCAAACUUAUCCAGGUGUGUUGACAUGAAAGAAGGGAAGUUGACGUCUAUGAAGAGCCAUGAUUGUCACAUUUUCCUCGAAUCUUUGAUGCCUAUUGCAUUCAAAGCCUUGCCUGAUAGAAUAUGA